AUGAUGCAUCUCCAAGAUACACCUUCUUCUCUCGGAUUUCACAUGCCUGCUGAAUGGGAACCUCACACGCAGUGUUGGAUGGGUUGGCCCGAACGCGCUGAUAAUUGGCGUGACAACGCCUUUCAUGGUCAACGUGUGUUUGUUAGGGUCGCGUCUGCGAUCUCCAGAUUCGAGAGAGUAACUGUUUGCGCUUGUUCCGCUCAAUGGGAGAAUGCGCGGAGUCAGCUACCGGAGCAUAUCAGAGUCAUUGAGAUUUGCUCAAAUGAUUCUUGGUUUCGUGAUAUUGGACCUACCUUUGUUGUGAAAAGAGGAACAUCGGAAUCUGGUGAUGCGGAACAUAGGAUUGCGGGGAUUGAUUGGAAUUUUAAUAGUUGGGGAGGUGUGGAAGAUGGAUGUUACAAUGAUUGGAGUCUUGACAGCUAUGUUGCUAAGAAGAUUUUGGAUGUCGAGAGGAUUCCUAGAUUUUCGCAUUCUAUGGUGCUUGAAGGCGGAAGCAUCCAUGUGGAUGGAGAAGGAACAUGUCUUACCACAGAAGAGUGUCUAUUGAACAAGAACAGGAAUCCACAUAUGAGUAAGAGCCAAAUAGAGGAUGAACUUAAGGCAUAUCUUGGAAUCAGGAAGGUUAUAUGGUUGCCUCGUGGAUUAUAUGGAGAUGAUGAUACAAACGGUCACGUUGAUAACAUUUGCUGUUUUGCGAAGCCCGGUGUGGUUCUGCUGUCUUGGACUGAUGAUAAAACUGAUCCUCAGUAUGAAAUAUCUGAAGAAGCAUAUUCUUUCCUUUCAAGUGUAACAGAUGCUAAUGAUAGAAAAUUUGAAAUCAUUAAACUCCAUAUCCCUGGUCCACUAUACAUGACAGAGAAAGAGGCUGCAGGGGUUUUCCAGGAUGGCUGCGCCAAGCCAAGACUUCCCGGUACUAGGCUUGCUGCUUCAUAUGUAAACUUUUACAUUGCAAAUGGUGCUAUCAUUGUUCCAAAAUUUGGAGAUAAAAAGUGGGAUGAUGAAGCUAUCAGAGUUCUGUCUAAGACGUUCCCUCAUCACGAAGUUGUGGGAAUUGAAGGUUCCAGGGAGAUUGUAUUGUCAGGUGGAAAUAUACAUUGCAUCACUCAGCAACAACCAGCCAUUUAG